AAACCCCCCGAGCGAUGUGGAAGCUAGCUAGCUAGCAGGCUAGCCUCCUAGCUCAGGCGAAUGCCUUUUAACACUUAACCGCUGUAAGAUGGCAAAUAAACGAAAUAGUCGCGCGGCGUCCUCUCGCUUUCACCUGGCCAGGGCAAUAAAUCAAGGCCCUCAAUAUGAAUCGCGAGUCAACUCGGCACUGGUAGUAGUCUCGAUGAGUCGACUGGUCAGAUCGCACAGAGCCCAAAUUGUCAUAGCGGCCCCCUGAGGGAAACAGUAACCGCAAUGUGGUCCGUGACAAAAAAGAGUUUCACGCCCCUUUUUUGAGCACGUGUGUGUGUGUGUGUGUGUGUGCGUGUGCGUGCGCGUGCGUGCGUGCGCGCGAGAGACAGAUGCAGUGACAACCUAGAAGAUGAAAAUCCACAAAAAGGACAAGCAGCAGCAGACGUUGGGCGGCCUCCCAAAGCACGCGCCGCUGGCGUCAGCUUCGUCGCCGCCGCCGGAGCAGACCGGCGGUCCGCAGAUUUCGCUGCCUGCCAUCCCCAGGGCCCACCUCCUGGUGGGCUCUAAGGACCAGCUCCGGCUUCUGGCCCCUGUGGGCAGCUUGUCCAACCACUGCAAGGCCCCCGCCCUGAUAGUGGCGGCGACCCCGCGACACUCCUCUUCCCUGAGCGAGGAGAAUGACGAUGGCGGCGGGGCCGUCGGCAGGUUGAGGAAGAAACGCAAGAAGAAGGACAAACGGGAGCGGGCGGAGGGCAACAACAGAGCCUCGGUGAAGAAGCGCAAGCAGGCCAGGGAGGUGCCCGCCACCACCGUGCUUCCAAAUAAGAGGAAGAAGAGCAGGACCAAAGGGAGCCCGGGCGACCGGGCUGACCUCAAGCACGACGCUGGGCGGAAAAACGCCUCUUCCCCCACAGCCUUGCCGGUUCCCUCAGAGGUGCCCGUUAAGGUGCCUGGAAAACGAGGGAGGAAACCCAAGAUCAAAAUCCUGCCCCCUCAUUCCCCUCAUCAAGCCACAUCUGCUCCAGCCUCAGCCCCGCCCCCUAAGAACCACAACCUAGCCGGCCUCAAGACCAACCUCUACUCUGUGCCUAAGCAGAGGGCCCGCAAACCCAGAGAUGCUAGCGCCGCCCCGGUGGAGAGGAAGAAGAAGGCCAAAAGGAGAAAGCAGAUAGCGCCGCUCCCCGAGGGGGCCGAAAGUGACGACACCAUCUCGCUGUCGGUCAACACGGGCGGAGAGGACAGCCAGGACCCUAUGGACAACGCGAAGCGGCGCUCAGGGCGUCAAGUGAAACGCCGGAAGUACAACGAGGAUUUGGACCUGAAGGUGGUGGACGACGACGGUGAGACCAUUGCCGUGCUGGGAGCGGGACGCAUCGCAGCGCUCAGUGCUACGGCGCUGGCCUGGCAAGCUGAGGAGCCGCCCGAGGAUGAGGCCAACAUUAUCGAGAAAAUCCUGUCGGUGCGACCAGUCAAGAAAGAGCAGACGUCGUCGCCGGAGGAGCAAGCCGAUGAGACGGAAGAGUUUUACGUCAAAUACCGAAACUUUUCCUACCUGCAUUGCAAGUGGGCCACGCUAGGUGAGCUGGAGAAAGAUCCCAGAAUCCACCAGAAGAUCAAACGCUUCAGGACCAAGCGGGCGCAGAUGAAGCACCUUUUCAGCGAGCCUGACGAGGAUUUGUUUAAUCCCGACUACGUGGAGGUGGACAGGGUGCUGGAGGUGGCCGUUACCACGGACACGGAGACCGGAGAGGAGGUGACGCACUACCUGGUCAAGUGGUGCAGCCUGUCCUAUGAAGAGGCCACCUGGGAGCUCCAGGAGGACUUGGACCCUGAGAAAAUCAAAGAGUUUGAGGAGAUUCAAAAGCUGCCGCCAGACUUGCGACAUGUGGAGCGUCCUCCUCCGGACAAAUGGCAGAAGUUGGAGCGCUCACAAGAUUACCGCAAUGGGAACCAGCUGAGAGAGUACCAGCUGGAGGGCAUGAACUGGUUGCUCUUCAACUGGUACAACAGGAAGAACUGCAUCCUGGCGGAUGAAAUGGGCCUGGGCAAGACCAUCCAAUCCAUCACUUUCUUGUACGAGAUGUUCAGCAUGGGCAUCCGGGGGCCUUUCCUGAUCAUCGCGCCCCUCUCCACCAUCACCAACUGGGAGCGCGAGUUCCGCACCUGGACGCACAUGAACAUCAUCGUGUACCACGGCUCGCAGAUCAGCCGCCAGAUGAUUCUGCAGUACGAGAUGUUCCAUCGCAAAGCGCAGGGCAAUGCGGCGCCGAGCGUGCUCAAAUUCCACGGGCUGAUCACCACCUUCGAGAUGGUGAUGGCCGACUGCCCCGAGCUGAAGAAGCUGCAGUGGCGCUGUGUGGUCAUCGAUGAGGCGCACCGCCUCAAGAACAGGAACUGCAAGCUGCUGGAAGGACUCAAACUCAUGAACUUGGAGCACAAGGUUCUGCUGACGGGAACGCCACUGCAGAACUCGGUGGAGGAGUUGUUCAGCUUGCUCAACUUUCUGGAGCCGCUGCAGUUCCCCUCGGAGAGCGCCUUCCUCGACGAGUUUGGGGACCUGAAAACCGAGGAGCAGGUGAAGAAACUUCAGGCUAUCUUGAAGCCCAUGAUGCUGAGAAGGUUGAAGGAUGACGUGGAGAAGAACCUGGCCCCCAAAGAGGAGACCAUCAUUGAGGUGGAGCUGACCAACAUGCAGAAAAAAUACUACCGGGCAAUUCUGGAGAAGAACUUCUCCUUCCUGUCCAGAGGAGCCAACCAGCACAACAUGCCCAACCUCAUCAACACCAUGAUGGAGCUGCGCAAGUGCUGCAACCAUCCUUACCUGAUCACUGGGGCCGAGGAGAAGAUCCUGGAAAGCUUCCGCAAGAGUCACGGGGCCGACGCCUGCGACUUGCAGCUGCAGGCCAUGAUACAGGCGGCUGGCAAGCUGGUGCUCAUUGACAAGCUGCUGCCCAAACUGCUGAGCGGUGGACACAAGGUCCUGGUCUUCUCGCAGAUGGUCCGCUGCCUCGACAUACUCGAGGACUACCUCAUACAGAGACGCUACACGUACGAGCGCAUCGACGGACGCGUCCGCGGCAACCUGCGUCAGGCGGCCAUUGACCGUUUCUGCAAGCCGGACUCGGACCGCUUUGUGUUCCUGCUGUGCACGCGGGCGGGCGGGCUGGGCAUCAACCUGACGGCCGCCGACACCUGCAUCAUCUUCGACUCGGAUUGGAACCCGCAAAACGACUUGCAGGCUCAGGCGCGCUGCCACCGCAUCGGCCAGAGCAAAGCGGUCAAGGUGUACCGCCUCAUCACCAGGAAUUCCUACGAGCGAGAGAUGUUUGACAAGGCUAGCCUCAAGCUGGGCCUGGACAAGGCCGUCCUCCAGGACAUCAACCGCAAGGGCGGCCUCAAUGGGGUGCAGCAGCUGUCCAAGCUGGAGCUGGAGGACUUGCUGAAGAAAGGCGCUUACGGUGCUUUGAUGGACGAAGAGGACGAAGGCUCCAAGUUCUGCGAGGAGGACAUCGACCAGAUCCUGCAGAGACGUACGCAGACCAUCACCAUCCAGUCGGAAGGCAAAGGCUCCACCUUUGCCAAGGCCAGCUUUGUCUCCUCGGGUAACCGCACAGACAUCUCUCUUGACGACCCCAACUUCUGGCAGAAGUGGGCCAAGAUCGCCGAAGUGGAGAUCGACUCCAAGUCGGAGAAGGAGUCGCUGGUGAUCGACACGCCCCGCGUCCGGAAGCAGACGCGCCACUACAAUUCCUUCGAGGAUGACGAGCUAAUGGAGUUCUCGGAGCUGGACAGCGACUCGGAGGAGAAGCCGUGCCGCACCCGCCGCCUGGGGGAGCGCAGCCGCCGCUACCUGCGUGCCGAGUGCUUCCGCGUGGAGAAGAACCUGCUCAUCUUUGGGUGGGGCCGCUGGAAGGACAUCCUCCACCACGGUCGCUUCAAGUGGCACCUGACCGAGAGAGACAUGGAGGCCAUCUGCAGGGCUCUGCUGGUUUACAGUCUGAAGCACUACAAAGGUGACGACAAGAUCAAGAGCUUCAUCUGGGACCUGAUCUCCCCCAGCAAGGAGGGCCAGGACCAGGACCAAGAGCUGCUCAACCACUCCGGUCUAUCGGCACCGGUUCCUCGUGGACGCAAGGGCAACAGACCCAAGAGUCCGCUGACUGUUCCCGAGCUGAAGAAUGCCGACUGGCUGGCCCACUGCAACCCCGAAGUGGUUCUGCAGGACGACAGCUAUAAGAAACACCUCAAACAGCAUUGCAACAAGGUUCUACUGAGGGUGAGGAUGUUGUACUACCUGAAGGUAGAGGUUCUGGGUGAAGCAGCCAAUCAGGCUCUGGAGGGCACACCCGCCAGUAAGCUGGACGUGUCGCUGCCUGACAUCGACUACAUCGAGAUUCCGGCGUCGUGGUGGGAUGCCGAUGCGGACAAGUCUUUGCUUGUAGGCGUCCAUAAACACGGCUACGAGCGCUACAAUGCCAUGCGGGCCGACGCCGACUUGUGCUUCCUGGAGAGGGUCGGCAUGCCCGACGUCACCGCGCUUACCACCGAGCUUUCCACCGAGCAGGGAGGAGCAGAGCCAGCUGCCGCUGCCGCCGACAGCAUUGCAAAAGUGGACGACGUCACAGAGAACGCAAACAGUCAAAGUGAAGGAGGAGACGACAACGACAAGGGAGAGGAGAGCCGCUUGAGCACCGACGCCGCCAACAAGCCGGAUGGCGGUGCUGCUGCCCCAGACUCGCAUGCAGCGGCUGCUGACUUGUGCGCCCAGGACGCCACGCUGGUGACGACCAUGUUCGGUGGGGCGGUGGGAAGCGGCACGGGAGUGGCGGCCCUCCAUGUAGUCCAUGCACGCCCCCUUUGGCCCACCGGCCCGGCGCUGACAGCCCGCCUGCGCCGCCUCAUCACAGCCUACCAGCGCUUCACGCUGCGCCGCGAGCCCCCGCUGCGCCCCGACUUCCUACUUCACGACGGCCUGGCGGGCCUUGGGGUGGUGGCCGGCAGCCCGGGAUGCGCCCCUCUCGGGCACCACGGGGGGGGAGCACUGGCUUGGCAGCUUGGCGAGGAGUUGAGGCGCUGCUCCGCCUCCCACGCUGAAUCAGACGCUGUUUUUAUGGAGUGGCAGAGAAGAUGGAGCCGGCGCGAGCAUAUGGACUUUUACCGCACAGUGUCAUCCUUUGGCGUGGCCUUCGAUCCCGAGAGGAAAGCCUUCGACUGGUCGCAGUUUCGCGUGCUGGCGCGACUAGAAAGGAAGACGGACGACAGCUUGGAAAGAUACUUCAAUUCCUUCGUCAGCAUGUGUCGCACCGCCUGCAAGCUCCCGCCCAGGAAGGAGGAAGGUUUGACGGACGCUGCCAUUCCAGUGGAGCCUCUGACAGAAGAGCGAGCUGCUCGGACCUUAUACCGCAUCGAGCUUCUCCGCAAGAUCCGCGAGCAGGUUCUGCGUCACCCGCUGCUGUCGGCGCGCCUGCAGCUGUGCCGCCCCUCGCUCUACCUCCCUGUGUGGUGGGAGUCGGGCAAGCACGACCGCGAUCUCCUGGUUGGAGCGGCGCGACACGGCCUGAGUCGCACUGACUUCUACAUCCUCAAUGACUCGCAGCUCAGCUUCCUGGAGGCCCACCGCAACUACGUGAGGGGACACCACGCCUCGCAUCUUCACAGGCUGCCGCCCCCCCACUGUUGCCUGUACGACGCGGCCCAGCCUCCAGACUACCCCCAGCAGGUCACCAUUCCCUCUGCUCCCUCGUCGUCCUCCUCCUCUUCUCACCUCCGCGCUCCGCCUCCACCUACCUUGGACGAGGCGACUGCUACAGGCCUGGGAAUGGUUUCCACCUCUCGGGGGGACUUCCUGGACUGCCCUCCACUGGACGAGAGCCUGGCCGACCUGGACCCCAUGUCUGCGGAAGCCUUGCACGGCGCCAAGGCCUCUAAGGACACCCUGAACGGCUUCCCCUUUAACUCAGCGGCGGGCGGUCAGAGAAUGCUUAACCCGUAUGGACGACUGGGCGGGGCCGAUCUUUGCUCCGAGUUGAGGAGCGACGUGCUGGUGGGUGAGCAGGGAUCGUCUGAAGAGACCGGGCUGCUGGCGCCGUCCGUGGAGCUGGAUCGGCUGCAGGCGCCCUGGGACGGGACCGACCACUCCAGCCCAGCUCACCACAUGUUCAACGAGUCGGACCCCAUCUUGGGUCCCACGGGCUUCCUGGAGGAGGACGAGGAGUCUGGGCGGGGCGAUGGCACAGCCGAUGGGACUCUGGAAGAGUGUUUGGGCCUCCCUCCCCCGUCUUCGCCCUCUCACCCCUCGGCCGCAGACUCCGUAGAGUCGUCCAGUUUCCUGCUUUUCAAGGACAUUGGCGUGAAUGAAGAAGCAGGCGUGGAGGAAAACGACCUGGCGGCGAGCCCGCUGCCGCCCUAUAUCCCCCCGCACAUCCCGCUCUCCUCGCCCGACAUCGCGGGCCACCGGGAGGAGGAUGUCGGGAGCCAGAACGCAGAUGGAGAUGCAAGUGAAGGCCCGGGCAGAGCCGUUCUUCCGAGUCUGCGUCUGCCUUUGGACUUGGCACACAUGGGUGCCGGCGAGCCUCCGUCGUCGGCGUUGAGGGAUCCGGUGGACGGCAUGGAGGUUCCCAACCAGCUCAUGUGUCCCAUGGAGGAGGUGGACACCUUGAUGUUUGCAGAGGAAGAAGAGGAGGAGGAGAACGACGACGAAGAGCGCACCGGCGUGACCAACUUGAUGACCGGGGCUCACGGAACGCUUCUCCAAGAAGACGAAUGCCUCAGCGGCCAGCCCGUUGCCGAGCGGACGGCCGACGGCUUCUGUCUUCUGGACGACACUACGGCGGACCAGCGGGGUGAGCCGGCAGCGCCGCCUUCAGAGAAGAAAUCGGAGCUCCGGAUCAAGACCGAAGACCAGGACCUUGAGACGAGCACCGUCAAGUUGGAAGUCGGAGUCCGCCCCGAAUGCGAAUCCGUAGAACAGGACGCCCUCCGGCCCUCAGCUGAGGAAACCGAGCCGGGUGCUCUGAACUCGAACGACAGUGGGCGGAACUUUGUGGAGGCUAAGACAGAGCGGCCGGGCCAACUCAGGGGUCAGCCCAAGGACGACGACAUGCCCUCCUCACCAGUGACGGCUGCCGAGGACUAUUCCCGAAGUCCCAGCUUUACCGCUCCCUUCACUGUGUGCGAGUCCCCCGAAAUCCACGACGCCCGGGAGCCCACCAUUGCUCAGCUGCUUCAGGAAAAAGCGCUUUACUCCUAUUCCGACUGGCCCAAGGACCGCGUGAUCAUCAACCGUUUGGACAGCAUCUGCCAUGCCAUUCUGAAGGGCAAAUGGCCUUCGGCCAGUGACCAGUACAACUCACCGACCUCAGUCUGUGCCAACCACUUGGCCCGGCAGCAGCUGCAGCGCACUGCCUUCAACCCGGGCCCGGCCUUCCCCACCAUACCGCCUCCUCUUUCCAGACUGCCCAAGUACUCGGGGCGGGGCGGCGGCCGCGGGGCUUGGCGCCUCACCUCCCUCCCUUUCUUACAGGAGAGACUGGUGGCACCAGGCUUCCUCCCCGAACUCAAGCGUUCCGGAGGGCGGCACUCCUUCGACUACGAAGCAAUGCCAACGGCUAAGGCCCUAGCAGGGAAGGCAGCGGCGAGCAGGACGCCCGGGGUGGACGCACCGCCGGCCAAUCUCUUGAUGAACGGUUGGCAGGAGGCGGCAAUGGAUCUCAGCAAGUCGCCAGGCGACUCGCUGGUUUCUGGGUCAGAGGACGCCGCCCGCAAGGUGCCGCCGCCUAUUACUGCACCCCUGUUGGGCUCGGCGGCAAUGGACAUGGCGGGAAUCCUGCAGGCUGGGCUUAUCCACCCAGUGACAGGACAAAUUGUCAACGGAAGUCUGAGGGGCGACGACUGCCUGAGGAGGAGACGGGGACGGAGGAGAAACGUUGAGGCGCUCUACUCGGAAUUCACUAAAGCUCAAGCCAUGCGCCUCCCUGACACAGCACAGGGUCGCGCCGAGGCUCUGAGCCCGUCGGCGGCGUCGCCAUCCACGUCAGCUCAGUCAGCCUCAUCCUCAGAGUGUCCAGCGGCGGCACCGCCUAUGACAUCGUCCGCACCCACUUCGGCGUCCACGCCGCCCUGCCCCGAGGCGGCAGCCAUAGAGCGGGAGGGGACCGCCGGCAAAGGGUUGAUGGAGUGGCUGCGACACAAACCGGGAUACAGCUUGGACCUUCCUUUGGUUCAUGUUGGCACGGGGGUGUUGCACGGUUUGGUGGAGCGGCCCAAGCAGCGGCGGCACCGUUGCAAAGAUCCCACCAAGCUAGACGUCAACUCCCUGACAGGGGAGGAGCGCGUGCCCGUAGUGCACCGCGCCACCGGACGGCGGCUGGGUGGCGCGAUGGCUCCAGCCAUCAAGGAGCUGUCCCGCUGGUUGGAUGCCAACUCAGAGUAUUUUGUGGCUCCAGACUGGGCGGACGUGGUCAAACAUUCCGGUUUCCUCCCAGAGGGAAAGUUCUCCCGCAUCCUGACGGAACCGGUCAACCGAGACCCCUCGUCGCGCCGUCGCGGCCGCCGCCCGCGCAGUGAGAUGCCCAAACCCCUCCCGUCAGAUGCCUCGGGCCCACCGCCGCCCAUCUUCAUGAACGGAGCCCUGAUGAGUGGCGUCGACUCGGUGGUGGCCAUGCAAAACCUGCGUAGCGGGUUGCCCGGCAUCCCUAUCUCCAGCAUCAUGGCGGCGGGUUUCCCUCACGUUUUUCCGGCGGGCGUGGGCGGGGUGUCGGCCGAGGAUGCCAAGAACGGCUUGAGCAUGUUACCCAUGAUGCUGCACGGCAUGCCGCCGUCCCCCCGCGGGGCCGCCGUCCCACAACAUGCACUGUUCAGUGUCAUGCCAGUGCACUCCCCCUCCUCCGCCUCGCCAGCCGCUAAAGCCACUGCCAGCGCGGCAGAGAUGGGCGGCGGCGCCUCGGCGGCAUCCGCUAAGGCCGCCCCUUCCCAGGGCCAGAAUAACUGCGACUCGCAUCCCGGCGGCCAUCUGACUUUCAACCCCUUCCUGAUACCCGGCGUGUCGCACAGCCUGCUCUACCCGCAUAUGUUUGUGCCACACGGUGGCAUCAUGGCGCUGCCCGCCGUGCCGCACGGCGCCUCUCCUAACGAUACCUCCCCAGGGAGCCCCAAGAGGAGGCGGCGGCGAGAACAGGACGAGUCGGAGCGGGCCCCUCUGCGCCAAAAGCCUGAUUUGCUCCAGGAGCCAGAACCGCAGCCGCACCGGGAGUCAGAACUCCAGGAGGGAGCGGAAUGCCGUCAGGAGUCGAAACAUUGCAAGGACCUGGAUCUGCGCCUGGAGCCGGAAGAGGAGCAGCAGCGCAGCGAGGAGCCACAGCCGCAGGCCGAGCGGAGCCCUUCUGUCCUGGUGCCCUCGCUGUCCCCGACACAAGAAGCGCACUGCAAUCAGAGGCCUGCGGGAGAGCCACGUGACCCAGAAAGGGGAACAAGACAAGUGGAAAGACAGGAGCAGGGCGUCUAACAGUGCAGGAAGGAAACUCUGAGUGUAACAUUUGUGCCGCAUCUGUCAGUCAGUCAUCCGACAUUAAUCCUCCUCCUCCUCGGACCAACAUGUUUUGUUUGACGUAGCCCCCUCCAUCGGAGAUACUCCUUUCUAUUCUCUGAGCUCCUAUGACGCCAUCCAGUGGUCCCUCUCGGGCGGGCACUUCCGUUUUCCACUUCAUCUCUUCAACGCCGACCCAUCACGACAAAAGCAAAGCAGAGAACAAUCAUGAUGCAUGUUUUUGGUUGUAUGAUUUUUGUUUUUUUAUGACUGAGAAGACCAUGCUUUCAAAAACGCACCCACACGCACAAACACACAGUCACUUUCUUACUGACAAGUGUUAGAGCCACAGUCAUCAACAAACCCCCCAACAAUAUACAUUCUCUUGAAGACAACGUUUUGUUGGGGAAAGCUUAGAAAAAAAUAAACUUUAAUUUUAUUUGACCUUAUCCUUAUAAUAUUGCAACUUUUAGGGUAAAAGACUGGCGUCCAUAACAUGGUUUUGUAGAGUCCGUGGCUCUCUCACUCACUUUGACAUCUGCCGCAGGGAGCAGCAACACAUUAAUCAAGACACAUUUGCACAGUUCCAUUGGGCAGGAACUUGGAAGCCCAUUCACUUGUCAUCAAUGCACACAUAUCCUUAAUUCGCCCAUUAAAAGGGAUUGUUUAUAUCUUUUGUGACAUUGCUACACAUUCACACACAACAGCCCUUUUUUUUAACUCGAGGGCAGAGGACGAGGUCAUUUGGAGUGUAGCUUGGAAAGUCAGAAGCCCCCCCCCACACACGCAUACACACACACCUACCCCACCAACCUGUUUGUCUCCCAACAAGCUUCGAAUUGGGUCGCAACGGACUCUACUGAGAAGUUUGGUUGAUGGGAGCGCUUCCGUUGGCAAAUAAAAAGCACCCAAAAUAUUUGCUUCUCAUUAGAACGUAAAACUCCCUGUUAAGCAGCAUGGCUUCUUGAGAUUUUCUUGUCCGGGAGCUGUCUGCCAAAUUUCUCGGCACGUGCGUAUUGAUUCAAACGGACCCUAAAAUGGCCACUUGAACAUCAAAAAACUUUUUUUGGGGCAUGGCCUUCAGAGACUCUUUUUGUGGGUCGGCAAAAUCCAGGCUGCUUGAUCAAGUCAAGUUAAGUUUAGUUAUAUAGCCCUAAAUCAGAGACAAGUCUCAAAAGGCUUCACAUGUGCAAAAUUGACAAUUAUUCUCAACGUCCUCUGAUCUAAACUCCCAAGAGGGCAAGGAAAAACCCGUACUGGGGAAAAAUGAGAAACCUUGAGAAGAGACCACAGAUGGGAGGAUCUCCCUUCCAGAAUGACCAGCUUGCAAUGGAUACAGAGAGGGCACGUAGAACAUAAUGUAAAACAAUCCAAAGAAAAAAUAUAUGUCCAUAUUCAAAGUGAAGAGCUGCAGUGCCCUCAAUUGCCAUGGCAGUGUGAUCAAGAUGGCUUUGGCAGUGGAUCCUCCCCACAAAGACAAACAUUGUUAGGUCCACUUGAAAUGGCCCUGCAAAGGUAAUCUAAGUGGCUUGCUUUUUUGGCCUCCCCCCACCGUGGCAUGUCGACCAAACAAAUCGCCUUCAAAGUCAAAGUCUGCUUUAUUGUCAACGUCUUCACAUGCCGAGACACACAAAGAGAUCGAGAUUACGUUUUCUCUAUCCCACGGUGACAAGAUAGAGGAAACGUAAUUUCAAUCAGAUCAACCUCCUGUUAAGUCUUCUACCUUCUGAUCAGCAAGUUGAAGAGGUACUCCCCAUAAUUCCACCCAUUGGUGAAAUAUUAAUGGGUUGUAGCGCUUUUCUACCUUUGCUACUCCGAGCGCUCUGCACUGCUUCCCUCGUUCACCUACUGAUGGAUGAGGCGGCAUCUAGAGCGACGCUUCGGCGCAGUCUUCACAGUGGCUGCAGAGCGAACCUCCGACCUCUGGUUUGGGAGACGACCACUGAGCCACGCCGCCCCCCUUCCCAAAGCUAAUUAGGUUGCCCUGCAAUAGUCCAAGUGCUAGAUGUGGAAAUUUCGCUCUAAAAGCCAGUACAACUGUUUUUGGCUAGUCGUGUAUAGAUGUACAUGUCCUGUAAAGUGUACAGUGCAGUAACGUUGCUGAUACUGAGCGCUGCUGUGACUGCUGACAAACUGCAAGUCAUUAACAUUUCCUGAGAUGCCGCAAAAAGGCACCCAAGCACUACUUUUCUGUUUCCAAACGACGCUCCUGUCUCUUGAAUGUAGUCCUUUGGCAAUGAGAUGCUACGACAUGGCGCCAAAGCUCUACUUUUAUAUGUGACGAGGCUUGGGCGCCAACGUGGACUGUUUCAGAAAGCACAAUGGAGCAAAAAGAAAAGCUUUGGGGUUAAAAAGCGGAAAAAAUAGAAGGUUUGCAAACGUAUAUACACACAUGUAUAUAUCGACAAACACGUGUGGUGCUGUAUAUUGCUUUUUUUAAUGAUUCCUUUUGGCCUUCUGCUUGUAACUCAUUGGCUGACUGUGUGUGCGUGCGUGUGUAUGCGCACGUGCGUGCUGACAGGAAGUUAUAAACAUCCAACAGGGUCACGUUGUUUUUGAAAUUACGUGAAAAAAAUACAUUUUUGCACAGUCCUCAUGUGUGGCAAGACAAAAAAAAAAACACUUGGUAGACAUUGCCUUGCCACAACUUAUUGUGGUGCCACAUAAUUUAUUAUGAUGAUACUUUUUGCUUUGGCCAAAUAUGAUUUUGUCUUAUUAAUCCAAGUAAAAGAAAACAUGAGGAAACCCUU